UCAAAUCAUAGCAACUCAUAAUCACAGCAACCUUCAACACAAAAGUCUUGACCACAAUCACUGCUACAAAAAAUGGCUCCAAAGUACGCCAAAGAUCAGCCCGCCGGGUUCGUGAAUCGCAUUGAGAAAGUGGCCGUCAUCGGCGCCGGCGGACAAGUCGGAAAAUGGAUUGCCGAAGCCCUCGUCAAGACAGGCAAGCACACCGUGACCGGCAUCACCAGGGCGGACAGCACCAGCCAACUACCCGCGGGCGUCGUCCCUGCCAAGGUCAAUUACGACGACGAGGCGUCUCUGGUCGAAGCUCUCAAGGGACAGCAGUUCUUGGUCAUCACCCUGAGCGUCUUCGUGGCCCCUGACACCCACAGCAAGCUGGUCAAGGCUGCUGCUAAGGCUGGUGUGCCCUAUGUUCUGCCUAACUUUUGGGGCUAUGACCCCUUUGAUGACGAGCUAUCGGAGCAGAUUGGCUUUGGGAAGCGCUUCAUCGAGUUUCGCGAAGAGAUCGAGGCUCUUGGUGUCAGUACCUGGAUUGCAAUGGCGUGCGGCUUCUGGUACGAGUUCAGUCUCGCGGGCAGCGCAGACAGGUUCGGCUUCGACUUCAAGGAACGCUCAGUCGUUUUCAUUGACGACGGCAACUUCAAGAUCAACACCAGCACCUUUGCCCAGACCGGCCAGGCUGUGGCCGCCUUCCUCAGUCUGAAGCUGUACCCGGACGACGCAGACGACAAGAGCCCCGCCAUCUCCAACUGGGACAAGAACUGCUUCUACAUCUCCAGCUUCCUCGUCAGCCAGCGCGACAUGUUCGAGAGCGUCAAGCGCGUCACGGGGACCACGGAUGCCGACUGGAAGAUCACGACCGAGAAGUCGCAGGAAAGGUAUGCCAACGGCAUCGCAGCCAUGCAGAAAGGUGACAUGGCUGGCUUCGCUCGGAUGAUGUACACUCGCAUCUUCUUCCCUGAGGGUAACUCUACCUAUGAGAAGACCAAGGGUCUGCAGAACGAUGUCCUUGGGCUGCCAAAAGAGGAUAUCGAUGAGGCUACCAAGGAGGCAGUGCGCCAAGCCUUAGAGGCAUGAAGACGAAUACGGUAGAUUCCAUAAAGUAUGCAGCAUUUUGAAAAUCUCCUAAGAACAAAUUCAACACUGUUGAAAUGUC